AUGUCCGCUCAAGCCCAGGAAUUCAUCGCGGCCGCUGUCCAGGCCGACCCUCAGCUCGUCGGCCAGAACGACAAGGACAAGGCUGCCAUCGAGAAGUUGACUGGCGAGACUGAGUCUUUGGUCAAGGAUCUUCCUGCGCUCAACGAGAAGCUCACCCCUUUGACAUACCUUCACGCCAACUACCCUUCCACUGCCGAUGUUGGUCUCUACACCCAGCUCCACCCCUCUUUGAUCUCCGCCCCUGCCACCCAACACCCCACUCUCCCUGCCCUCCUCCGUUACUUCCUCCACAUCCAAUCUCUCCCCUCCGUCUCUUCCGCCCGCUCUUCCCUUCCCAACGCCUACCCCACCCUCGACAUUGACAUUUCCACCCUUACUGUUCCCGAGCGCAAGGCCCCUGCGCCCAAGGUGAAGAAGGAGAAGAAGGCCGCUGCUCCCACUACCGUUGAAGGCGCCGCUGCCGCCGUGACCGGUGCGGCCGGUGCUGUCGCUGCCGCUGCUGCUUCCACUGUCGAGGCUGUCAAGGACGCUGUCGUAGGCAAGCCUGAAGACGCCGCGGCUCAGGGCAAGAAGCAGAAGAAGGAAAAGAAGGAGAAGAAGGAGAAGCCUGCCAAGGCUGCGCCCGAGCCUCCCACCGGCCCCUUGCCUAGCAUGAUUGACAUGCGAGUGGGUAAGGUCCUUGACGUGAAGCGUCACCCCGACGCCGACUCUCUUUACGUCGAGACCAUCGAUGUUGGAGAGGAGGAGCCUCGUACGGUUUGCUCUGGUUUGGUCAAGUACAUGAAGGAGGAGGACAUCCUGGGACAGCAUGUGGUGGUUAUCUGCAACUUGAAGCCUGUCACCAUGAGGGGUGUGAAGAGUUUCGCCAUGCUUCUUUGUGCGAGCUCGAAGGAGGGCAAGGAGGAGGGUGGUGUGCAAUUCGUGUUCCCUCCCGAGGGAAGCAAGGCUGGUGACAAGAUCUACUUUGAGGGCGAAAAGUACGAGAAUGUUGCUCCCGAGGGUCAGCUCAACCCCAAGAAGAAGGUCUUUGAAACGAUCCAGCCCAACUUUACCACUCUCGAGAACCGCGAAGCCGCUUGGAUCGACCCCGAGACCAAGUCGGUCCACCGAAUGAGGACUGCCAACGGCGUGCUCAAGGCGCAGAGCUUUGUCGGUGCUUCUUUGUCAUAA